GACCUCCCCCGGACCGCAAAUGCCACGUGAAGUACCCGCCGGCUUGUAAUGCGCAGUGGCGACGACUGGAGAUGUGCAUGACGUACGUUCUGGCGCUGGAGCAGCAGCGCCACCAGCCAUUCGAUUGGGUAAUCCGUGUUCGCACUGACAUGUUUUUUAGUAAGCCGGUUGGCAACAUCCGGGUUUUCGACCCCGACAAAGUUCACUUGCCGGUCGGCAGCUGGACGGACCCACACGAUACCUUUGCCAUGCUUCCCCGGCGAUAUGCCGCGAUCUACUUCAGCACGCGGCAAUACGCUGGCGCUGACUACUGCUGGAACUACUCCAGGGAGAGCGUCAGGUCUGAUGAUUGUUGCUACCGACUGAGACUUCAACUUGAGAAGCACCAGGUGCCCGUCAAACGCUUUGCUUUAUUCUGGCAGCCUUGGGAGGAAGUCGACCGCUACAUCGUGCGGCCUCCGGACACCUGGGAUGGACAGAAGAAGUACUUGCCGUAG